AUGUUGGGCAGCGAUGCUCGUCUGCUGCCAUCGGAACUCCUGAACGCAAAGAACUUGCUUAUUGUGACGGCUCAUCCAGACGAUGAGUGCUUAUUCUUUUCACCGAGUAUAUUGGGCGUUUUGGAUAGGAACAAGAGCAUCAAAGGCGGCUUGGUCGUCAUGUCCACAGGGAACAACUACGGGCUUGGCGAGACCAGAAAGAAGGAGCUUCUAGGUUCAUGUGAAGCACUUGGUAUCGACACGUCUCGGUGUGUUGCUCUAGAUAAUCCUGACUUGCAGGACAAUCCCACCGUAUGGUGGGAAGAGGCCAAGAUCAAACCCAUCUUGAAAGAGUACAUUGAGAAAUGGGACAUAGAUGCCAUCAUCACCUUUGAUGAAGGUGGUGUGUCGGGCCACAUCAACCACCGGGCUGUCAGCUCUGCGGUCAAUCAAUACGUGGCAGAGAAUGAAAAGGCACCAGCAUCGUACAUGGUUGUAUCCGUGGCGCUCCCUCGAAAGUACACCUUCUUGUUGGACUUGCCGCUGACUGCACUCUCAUUCCUGUGGAGAAUCCUGGCCGCCAUCUUCUUCCCGUCAAGGUCAGCGGAGCCUGCGUACAAUACGCGCGCGCUGGUGUCCAGCACGUGGCACCGUUACGCCAUGACCAGACAGGCUUUUGCGAGUCAUGGCAGCCAGUAUACGUGGGACAGACACUUGUACAUGAUUAUCAGCCGAUAUGUCUGGUUCAAUGAUUUGAGAAAGAUUGUCGGGACGCGGCAUGGGGCUUGA